AUGUUCGAGACGUUCAAUGUGCCCGGCCUCUAUAUUGCAGUCCAACCUAUCCUUGCGCUGGCUGCUGGGUACACUACAACCAAGCCACCAGCUGAUCAAACACCAGAUAGUUCUCCACCUGCAUUUAAGCAUGUGCUACGUCAGCCUAUAAUAGAAAAUGGGAGGCUAAAGAAGAAGCAUUGGGUGAUAGACCAUCUUGUGCAUGAGGGGUUUGAAAGCACUGCUCGGCAUGUUGAUAUACCCUACCUCCCUAUGCUGGUACCUCCGAAGAAAUGGAAAGGUUAUGAUAAAGGCGGUCACCUUUUUCUACCCUCAUACAUUAUGAGGACACAUGGUGUGAAGGACCAAAAGGAUGCAAUUAAUAGUGUUCCUAGAAAACAGUUGCGAAAAGUAUUUGAGGCAUUAGAUAUCCUUGGGAGUACUAAAUGGAGGGUGAAUAGAAGAGUUCAUGAUGUUGUUGAGACUAUCUGGAGUCAAGGUGGAGGCAUUGCAGGGCUGGUGGACAAGGCAAAUAUUCCUUUGCUUGAACGACCAGAAUCAGAGGACCCUGAUGAAAUGCAGAAAUGGAAGUACCAGCAUAAAGAAGGCAAAGAAAACUAACCGUGAGCUGCAUGCUGAGAGAUGUGACA